AUGUCCGUUCUUGAUUAUUCAGUGAAAAGGACGGUGACGCUGAGGACUGAAGCAAUAAAUGAUGAACAAAGAACUUUAACAUACAAAGCUUUAGAUGGAGAUGUUUUGAAGCUCUACCCAAGUUACCAGUUCGCCAUUGCCGUCAGUGAUGUUAAAUGGACUAUUGAGUAUGAAAAAGCUCUUCCAGUAGUUCCAACUCCAGAAAUCUAUAUGGUCCUUGCACUUCCUUGCGUACAAGGAGAGAUCUUUGGGGGUUUGAAGGUAAAGAAUGUGGUGAGUGGGGAGGUUACUGAUUUGAACGUUUAUGGGUUGUUUUUUGCGAUUGGACAUGAGUCGGCAACCAAGUUUUUGGAUGAGCAGCUGGAGGUGGAUUCUAAUGGGUAUGUGAUCACGAAGCCUGGUACUGACUUGGUUGGGUGA